GACAAAAUCCAAUGUGGUCAAUUAAUUACUGCUCCUAAUAAUUCAUUUAACUUUUUUUAAUUCUUUUACCUAUAUCCUCGUCAUCUUAUUAACUCUUUUUCCUUUUUCUUUUUUCAAAUGGUCCGAAAUCCCUCGAGUUCCGCCGUGGUCUCUCUCACUCACUCAUCAACAUCAUCAUUUCACACGCCUGCGUCCUCUAUACAAAUACAGGGCACCAGAAAAUACCACCAUUUUUCAAUCCGUACUACCUUCAAACACUUACUCAAAUAAAGCUGGCAAUGGCCGGAAAUCUCUAACAUUUAUCCAAACCCAAUAAUCAGUUUCAAUACUUCUGUUCAAAUUGAGGAAGAAAAACCCAGUUAUUUUGGAUUUGUAUUUCUUUACACUUUGGACCAGUCUGAGCAAGUAUGAUACUAGAAGAGAGUUGAGAGAUUCUCAGAUCUCUGUUGUUUCUCUGGAUUCUUUAAUUAGUGGGUUCUUGUUAGUUGUUCCAUUUGGAACCUUUUUUUUAGUUGUAAAAUAAAGAAGGACAGAGCCGGCCCUGCAAUUUCUUUUGGGCAAUAUUUCCAAGGCUGAACUGCUCCUGGUAGGUAUAUCGUUGAAUUCUUCUUACUAGAUUACUUUUACUAGCUGAUAAUUUUCUCCAGGCUGAUGAGAUUUGUUGGAACUUUUAUUUGUUGGGUUUUUAAAAUUUGUUUGAAUCCACUAAGAUUUCAGAUUUAAUGUAUUUCCUGUUGGGUGCCAUUCAUUUAUGGGUUUUUUACAAAAUUCUUAAUUUUAAUUUGCAUUGAAUACUGAUUAUUGAAUGUGACAGUGAUUAAAAUAAUGAGGUUCAUGAUUUUGGAUUUGAAAUUUCGUGUGGACAUGUUGUGGGGUCUACCUUUUACGCUUUCUUACAGUUGUAUCCCGAAUGCAAUCUUGCGCCUACGUUGUCUGUUUUUUUUAAUAAUUCUUUGUCGCUGUUUGAAUGUUUCUUACACGUCUUUCAGCUUCAUAGCAGCUUCUUGUUUUUUAUGUCUGUCCAUCACCUAUUAAGGAGUAAUUGCUGGCUCCGGACUGGAUGUGCUCUGUUUCUUUACUCGAUAUAUGUAUAAAUCUGCCGUUCAAACAAGUGAUUGUUCACACGUUUAUGCUGUGAAAAUUCAUUUGCAUUUGAAGGCUUCUUCUGGGGCGUGUUUGGUGAAGUUGCAUUAAUAUUUCUUGGGGUUUCUUCUGGGUUCUAUGUUAGACUUCUGACAAAGUUGGAUCUUUUCCUCCAAAUGGUGGGUCUGUAGUAUCUACAACUUUAUCCUUGUUGUUGUGAAUCUCGAGAUUUCUACCGUUGAUAGCUUUAUUUCCAAUUGCUCUUUUUAUUGCUGAAAAAGAUAUUGUAAAAGGGCCCUAAAGUAGCUCCUUUUUCCACGGGAGAGAGAAUGUAGUUGGAGGAAGAGAAAAGCGAUCCAUAUUUUGAAUCAAAACCCUUUUGAUCUGUAGGAAGAUGCAUGAUUUCUGAUGAAAGUUUAGUUUUUAUCGAAGGGUGUGAUUUUUACUAAUUGAUUUUGUGUUUCUGGCUUUAAGUGUGCUUAGUGAUUUAAGUUUUUCCUUCCAAUUUGAAUCAAAACCCUUUUGAUCUGUGGAAAGAUGCAUGAUUUCUUUUUAUAAAGGUUUGAUCUUUAUUAAAAGGUGUGUGAUUACUAAUUUAGUAUGCGUCUCCGGCUUCUAGCGUGAUCUGCUAGACUGUUACUAAUUUGUCCUCAACUUGGCAUUUCAGGUUCUGUGACGAAAGAAUCAUUGUAUACUAUUAAUUGAAGUGAAAUGGCUGGAAGAUCAUCUCUACAGGGCAAGGGCCCUGGUGUUCCAACUGUGAAAUUUGCUAGGCGCACAUCAUCCGGUCGGUAUGUGAACUUAUCGAGAGAUUCUGUAGAUAGCGAUAUAUAUAGUGCAAGUACCGAAUUUGCAAACUACACUGUUCAUCUACCUCCAACCCCUGAUAAUCAGCCAAUGGAAUUGCAACCUGUGGAUGCAUCUAUAUCACAGAGAGUUGAGGAGCAGUAUGUGUCCAGUUCUUUGUUUACUGGUGGCUACAAUAGUGUUACUAGGGCUCAUUUGAUGGAUAAGGUGACAGAUGCAGAAGCUAGUCAUCCCCAGAUGGCUGGUGCCAAAGGUUCUUCUUGUGCUAUUCGAGGUUGUGAUGGAAAGGUCAUGAGUGAUGAGAGGGGGGAAGAUAUUCUCCCCUGCGAAUGUGAUUUCAAGAUAUGCAGAGAUUGUUAUAUUGACGCAGUUAAAACUGGUGAUGGUAUCUGCCCUGGCUGUAAAGAACCUUAUAAGAAUACUGAUUUAGCUGAAAAUGCAGUGGAGCAGGGACGAGGGGGACCUCUUCCUUUGCCGUCAAAUGUUUCGAUGUCAAAGAUGGAGAGGAGACUGUCAAUGAUGAAGUCACAUAAUAAAUCCAUGGUAAGGAGUCAUUCAGGGCUAAUGAGAAGCCAGACAGGGGAUUUUGAUCAUAAUCGUUGGCUGUUUGAGUCUAAAGGAACCUAUGGUUAUGGAAAUGCUAUAUGGCCAAAGGAGGGGGGAUUUGGAAAUGAUGCUGGUAAUGAUGAUGGUAAUGGUAGCGUUGAGCCUUCGGAAUUUGCAAGCAGGCCAUGGAGGCCGCUCACACGCAAAUUGAAGAUACCUGCUGCUGUUAUCAGCCCUUAUCGGUAAGUUAUUCCCUAUGUAAUUUUUAUUAUCCCACUUUUCUUGCAUUUUGGUUGCUUUGAACUGUGUAUGAAUAACUUUUCGUUAGUUUUCAAUUUCCUAUUGGUUGCAUAUCAUAGUUGGUCACUUGUUUGACAAUAUCAUUUAUUAUCAAGCUACCAAAAUUUCACUCAUGAAGGAUCCUCAUAAUAUAGUAGGAUCCUUCCAUUUGCUUUGUUUCUUUUCUCUUUUAGGUUUAUUGGUUUGUUGAACACCAGAACCUGGCUAUGAGUGUAACUACGACGUUGAAGAUGUCUUUCUUCUUCUCCUUCUUUUUUUUUUAUUUUUAUUUUUAUAAAUUCGGAAUAUCUAAAUUACUUUUUCUGGGUACAGUGGCCAUUGAGUUGAAGUUUUUCCACUUGCUGGCCAGAGCCUUUUUUUUUUUUUUUUAAACUUGUCUAAUGUCAUUUUGUUAUAGAUAUCCAGAUGUUUCGUCAUGGACUUCAGCGUGAAAUUAUAGUUCCCUUUUUUCUUUUCCUGGGAGUAUUUUGUUGCAAUGACUAGGUAGAGGGUAUACAUGCUUGAUAUGUAGCUAUGAUUUGAUAAAAUUUUGAAGUUUCGUACUUUGUAUCUCUGCCAUGAUUUCAGCCAGUAAAUUGUGUUGUUAUUUGAGUGUUUACAUACUUCCACACUGUCAACCCUACAAUUCCCGUUACCAUGAUCACUCUGAAUGUGAAACAUACUUAUUUUAACAUUUUUCCUUAAUUUGUGUGCUCAAACAGGCUUUUAAUUUUAGUUCGUAUGGUCGUACUUGGACUAUUUCUUCAAUGGAGGAUUGCACAUCCCAAUAAUGAUGCUCGCUGGCUGUGGAUGAUGUCAAUUAUAUGUGAGCUUUGGUUUGCCUUCUCUUGGCUGCUUGACCAGCUUCCAAAGCUAGCUCCAAUCAAUCGUGCUACUGAUCUUGCCGUUUUAAAAGAGAAAUUUGAGACACCAAGCGAAACCAAUCCCUCUGGAAAAUCUGAUCUUCCAGGAGUAGACAUCUUUGUUUCUACUGCUGAUCCAGAUAAAGAGCCACCUCUUGUAACAGCAAACACCAUUCUUUCUAUUCUUGCAGCUGAUUAUCCCGUUGAAAAGCUUUCCUGUUAUGUUUCUGAUGAUGGAGGUGCCCUGUUGACCUUUGAGGCCAUGGCUGAAGCAGCAAGUUUUGCUUACACUUGGGUGCCCUUUUGUAGAAAGCAUAAUAUUGAACCGAGAAAUCCCGAAUCUUAUUUUAGUUUGAAGAAAGAUCCAUUCAGGAAUAAGGUUCGCCCCGAUUUUGUUAAGGAUCGCAGACGGGUGAAGCGUGAAUAUGAUGAAUUUAAGGUACGGAUUAAUGGCCUACCUGAUGCUAUUCGUCGUCGAUCUGAUGCCUAUAAUACUCGGGAGGAAAUCCGGGCAGCAAGGCUUCAGAAAGAGACUGCAGGGGAUGAAAUUCCCGAACCUGUGAAGGUCCCUAAAGCCACAUGGAUGGCAGAUUCAACUCAUUGGCCUGGUACUUGGACCGUUCCAUCUUCAGAGCACUCAAGGGGUGAUCAUGCAGGAAUCAUCCAGGUUAUGUUGAAACCUCCAAGUGAUGAACCUCUUCUUGGGACAACAGCCAACGAGAACAGUCCUCUUGAUCUGACAGAUGUUGACAUUCGGCUUCCUAUGUUGGUCUAUGUUUCACGUGAAAAGCGUCCUGGCUAUGAUCACAACAAAAAGGCUGGUGCUAUGAAUGCGUUGGUCCGUGCAUCAGCUAUCAUGUCCAAUGGCCCUUUUAUCCUUAAUCUGGACUGUGAUCAUUAUAUCUAUAAUUCGGAGGCGAUUCGUGAAGGCAUGUGUUUUAUGAUGGACCGGGGUGGGGAUCGUUUGUGUUACAUCCAGUUUCCUCAAAGGUUCGAGGGCAUUGAUCCGUCUGACCGGUAUGCAAACCAUAAUACAGUCUUUUUUGAUGUCAACAUGCGAGCUCUGGACGGAUUACAAGGUCCAGUUUAUGUUGGCACUGGAUGCUUGUUUAGGAGAACAGCUCUAUAUGGGUUUGAUCCACCCCGGACCAAAGAUUAUCAUCCAGGAUGCUGUAGCUGUUGUUUUUCUCGUCGCAAGAAAAGUGCUUCUGUCGCUUCUGCCCCUGAGGAGAGCAAGGCCUUGCGAAUGAGUGAUUUUGAUGACGAGGAAAUGAACAUGGCUCUCUUCCCUAAAAGGUUUGGCAACUCUAGCUUCCUUAUAGAAUCCAUUCCUGUUGCUGAGUUCCAAGGAAGGCCACUUGCAGAUCACCCUUCUGUUCAGAAUGGACGACCUCCAGGUGCUCUAACUAUCCCUAGGGAGCUUCUUGAUGCAUCUACUGUUGCGGAAGCUAUUAGUGUAAUCUCUUGUUGGUAUGAAGACAAAACAGAAUGGGGUAAUCGGGUUGGAUGGAUUUAUGGAUCUGUAACUGAAGAUGUGGUGACAGGAUAUAGGAUGCAUAACAGAGGUUGGAAAUCAGUAUACUGUGUUACAAAAAGGGAUGCCUUCCGUGGUACUGCUCCUAUAAAUCUCACUGAUAGGCUCCAUCAAGUGCUCCGAUGGGCUACAGGAUCUGUAGAGAUUUUCUUCUCCCGGAACAAUGCUCUUCUGGCCAGUCCGAAGAUGAAAUUUCUGCAAAGGGUUGCAUACCUUAAUGUUGGUAUCUACCCAUUUACCUCUGUGUUCCUCAUUGUUUAUUGCUUCCUUCCGGCUCUCUCCCUCUUUUCAGGCCAGUUUAUUGUCCAGACUCUCAACGUUACCUUCCUGACAUACCUUCUUGGUAUCACUUUGACGCUUUGCAUGCUUGCUGUGCUUGAGAUCAAAUGGUCUGGGAUUGAGUUGGAAGAAUGGUGGCGUAAUGAACAGUUUUGGCUAAUUGGUGGAACAAGUGCCCAUCUUGCUGCAGUGCUUCAGGGACUACUAAAAGUGAUUGCUGGUAUUGAGAUUUCAUUCACUUUGACUUCAAAAUCAGCUGGAGAUGAAAACGACGACGAGUUUGCUGAUCUCUACAUCAUCAAGUGGUCGUCCCUUAUGAUCCCGCCAAUCACAAUCAUGAUCACGAAUUUGAUUGCCAUCGCAGUUGGUUUCAGCCGGACAAUUUACAGCACCAUACCUCAGUGGAGUCGCUUACUAGGAGGCGUUUUCUUCAGCUUCUGGGUGUUGGCUCAUCUAUACCCAUUUGCCAAAGGCCUUAUGGGACGACGGGGACGUACACCAACAAUCGUCUUCGUUUGGUCAGGACUUAUCGCCAUUACAAUCUCGCUCCUUUGGGUUGCCAUCAAUCCUCCUCAGGGAAGCACAGAAAUCGGAGGAUCAUUCCAGUUUCCUUAAUGUGAUCCGGUUGAAGAUUUUUUGAUUCAAAUCCGUUUUCUUAAAUAUAUACAUAUAUAUAUGGUCACGGAUGGUCGCCUAACUGGAAUUUCGAAUUCAGCAUAAUUCUUAUUCCUGAUUUUUUUUUGUCUCCUUGGUUAGUUCAUUUUAUACAGACAGAACAUAUACAUUUUUUGUAAGACUUCAAAUUCAAAGUAGAUACUGGAAAUUUGAAACUACUAAUUCAUUCUUUGAGCACUUGGAAAAGUAUACUUCGCUUCCUGAAGUUAUUUGCUUUAGUUCAAACCAUUAUUAUACUAGUACUAUUUAUUUCAUGGAGGGAUGUAAUGUUUACAAUCUCAUUUUGGGACGGGGACAACCAUAAUUUAUUCAAAGUUUUCUUGAAAUUGAUUUUUUAUUUAUAAAUUUAUUGUUGACCAAGUACCUUUUUUCAGCAGUUGAGUGGUUUCACCUAACUUUGAAGAUUCCAACUUCAAAGUUUCAAAAUAAAAUAAAUGAUUGAUAAAAAUAAAAUAGGUUUUACUACAUACUUACUUAUGUUUUGAGCAAGACAUUCUUUGCCUCCAUAUGUACAAGACAUUCUUUAGCAAUAUUUACACUCAUUCUGUAGGACUAAAAAAUCGACUAUAAUUCAACAUCACUUGUUAAUUAUUAGAAAAAUAUAAAAGUCCACAAGAA